CUCAGAGAUAGGACACAACAAUCUUUUACAUCAGCUGUUGAGAAAAUCACAUCCGUUUUACCUCCAAUGCCAAACAGGAGAAAAUCCGCAGAUGCUGGAAAUCCAAGCAACACACACAAAAUGCCGGAGGAACUCAGCAUUAGUACUCUUUUCCAUAGAUACUGUCUGGUCUGCUGAGUUCCUACAGCAUUUUGUGUGUGUUGCUUUGUUCCACCUCCUCCUGGUCUGAACUUUUCUACCCGUGAGAACAUGUUUUGACUCCUUCUCUCUGGGAAGGUUAGAAAUUUGAAGGAAUUUGUCUUCGGGAAUCUUAAACACACCAGUUUUGCUGUCUCUGUCCAGAUAUUUAAGAAGUGGAGCAAGGGAUUCACUUGAACAUCCUUACCGCUCAGACUAUAGGGAGGGAUUCACUCGAUCAUCUGACCAACAGACUCGUCCUUGCUGCUCAGACUGUAGGGAGGGAUUCACUCUGUCAUCUGACCGACUGGCAUGCAUGCCAUUUUACACAGGGGAGAGGACGUUCUCCUCCUCAGACAGUGGGAAUGGAUUCAGUUGGUCAUCUCAACUGAAGGUACAUCAGCAAGUUCACACUGGGGCAAGGCCAUUCACCUGUUCUGUGGGUGAGAAGGGAUUCAGUCAGUCAUCACACCUGUGGACACACCAGUCAGUUCACACUGGGCACAGGCUGGUCAUCUGCUGAAUUUGUAGGGAAGGAUUCACUUGAUCAUCUGACCUAAUGACUCACCAGCGAGUUCACACUGGGGAGCGGCCGUUCACCUGCUCAGACUGUGGGAAGGGAUUCACUUUUUCAUCUAAACUGAAGAUACAUCAGCGAGUUCACACUGGGGAGAGGCCAUUCACCUGCUCAGACUGUGGGAAGGGAUUCACUCAGUCAUCUAGACUAAUGGUACACCUGCGAGUUCACACUGGGGAGAGACCGUUCACCUGCUCAGACUGUGGGAAGAGAUUUACUCGGUCAUUUGAUCUGCAGGUACACCAGCGAGUUCACACGGGGGAGAAACCGUUCACAUGUUCUGACUGUGGGAAGGGAUUCCAUGGAUCAUCCGACCUUCAUAGACACCAGCGAUUUCACACUGGGGAAAAGCCAAUCACUUGCAAAUUCUGUUGGAAAGGUUUCACUUUAUUAUCUGGCCUACGGAGACACCAAUCAGUUCACACUGGGGAGAGGCCAUUCAGCUGCUCAGUCUGUGGGACGACAUUCAGUCAGUCAUCCGACCUACAAAGUCACAAAACGAGUUCACACUGGGGAGAAGCCAUUCACCUGCUCAGACUGUGGGAAGACAUUCACUCAGUCAUCCCACCUACAGAGACACCGGCGAGUUAACACUGGAGAUAAGCCGUUCACCUGCCCAAACUGUGGGAAGAAAUUCACUCAAUCAUCCCACCUACAAAGUCACCAGAGAGUUCACCCUGGGGAGAGGCCGUUCACCUGUAGUAAAUGUGGGAAGGGAUUCACGCAGUUAUCUAACCUUGUGACACACUACCGAGUUCACACUGGGAGAAACUUUCAAUGAGCUGCAUGCUGGAUAUUUGUCCAUCACCGUUGCUGAAUGCAAUUUCGAGAGUGUCUGUCGGUGCUGAACUCUGCAAUUAUUGCUGCUGCUCACCACACCCAGUUCUGCACCCUGGUCACUGGGCUUGGGAGGAGUUUCUUCUGAUGCAUAUUCACCUUUAAUGGGACUGGAGUUUAAUAUUCUGGAUCUGAGACAAAUAAAUCAGUUCUAUUUUGAACUUUGUCAUUGGUACUUAGUGAAUUUAUAACACACCGAGUGUACUGUAGAGAGUUAACUCAUGCCAGCUGAUCCUGCCAAUGAUUCAGUUGCAUGAUGGUCCUUUUAAAUCCUCCCCUGUUGUUCCACUCUCGAUCUCUCUGCGGUGAUGUGUUCCAAACAGUCACUGCUCUGUGGGUGAAGAGGUUUCCCUUGAACUUCCUGCAGACUGAAGAAGUCGAGCUAAUCGCAGUUCUGUCUGAGAUGUUCUUCACCCCUCAAAUCUCUGGGCUGAUGGAGAAUGACAUUGGUAGUUAAUCUCCUUAUUCAUGGCUCAUUUCCACAUUAUGGGUCAUCUUCCCUGCUUCUAAAGGGUUGCUAGAAAACACACUGUCCUGUAAAGGCCGAAAGCAGAAUGGGAAACCAUUUGCUGGAUGUGCAGCGUAGCAGAGUUAGAAACCAGAGGCAGGUCUGCACAGGGCAGAGUUUGGGCCUCUGGACAAUGGUCGGGGUAAGAACAUAUGAUGAGGAGAAGGGAAUCAGCAGUGGGACGUGGCUGCAACAGACUGGAAACAUGUGGAAGCUGAUUGACAGAGAAAAUCUUUUGUUUGUCUGACUGAUGACACAAGCAAUACCUGUGGUGAGGUGUUCCAUUGGUUCAGGAAUUUGAAUGUUGGGAAUGGUUUUAUCGAUUGAAGGAGCUGUCCCUGCUUGUUUAUCCUGUAAUAUUUUAUCCAGCUGGUUAUUAUGGAUUGUCCUAUCUGAAAUAAUGUUUUGAUUAUCGUAUAAUUUGUAAAAUUUUGACUCUAAAACUGG